CGCACUGUUUCUCACUCACCAACCUUAACCACUAGAUGGCGACAAACAAGAAUUAUCAUGCCUUCAUGAAAUGUGAUGGUGUAUUUGAUUAUUCCGCACACCAUCAUUACACUGUAGUCUUGCUUAACAAUCAUGACAGCUAUACGGGUUUAAGACGCAAAGCAGACUCAAGAACUACUCUAUGUAAGAUGAAUACUGAGGACAAGUUGGAGGGCAUGAUGCUGAAGUGCAGCAGUGGAGGAAUAGAUGGAGGAGGGAGAGUCGGGCUGGUCGGCGGUGGACUGGUGGUGAUGACUCUCGGGGAACGAUCGCUGGCGAACCAUCCUCUGUUGGCCGAGGACGAAGACGAUGAAGACGAGGAUGAGGACUUGACGGAGAGCUCGCUGGUUACACAUGAUCUGGUCCCCCCUGAGCAGCUGAUGAUGCAGGAGGAGAUGACAAAGAAUGGAGGAAGUGGAGAAGAAGAGGGAGGAGGCGAGGUGGGAGUGCAUUUCCCCCUUAAACCCAACAAUAAGUUGCCCUGCUUGCUUCAUAUGCCACUGAGCAUCAAGCAGGAAAUGAAGCUGUCUGAGUCAGUGGGCCAGAUCAAGAAGGACAAAAAAGGAGGGAAGGACUUGAUGGUGUGUCCCAAGAAGAAAAAAAGGAAGCAGCGUUCACCAGCAAAGAUCCUCAGCAUCAAUGAUGAUGGUUCAUUGGGGAUACAAAACCCCAAGUGUCACGUCUGUGUUCACUGUAAUGCUGCAUUCAGAACCAACUACCAUCUACAGAGGCAUGUCUUCAUUCACACCGGGGAGAAGCCUUUUCAGUGCAGCCAGUGUGAUAUGCGCUUCAUUCAGAAAUAUCUUCUCCAGAGACAUGAGAAAAUCCAUACAGGUGAAAAGCCUUUUCGAUGUGAUGAGUGUGGAAUGAGGUUUAUCCAGAAGUACCACAUGGAGAGACACAAGAGGACUCAUAGUGGAGAGAAGCCUUACCAAUGUGACUACUGUCACCAGUACUUCUCCAGAACAGACCGGGUUUUAAAGCACAGACGAAUGUGUCACGAGAACAGAGAGAGAAAGACCAACAAGGCAGCUGGUAAAGUUGGGCCUCUACGUGAAGCAGAUUCUUUCGGCCUUCCUUUUCUUGCCAAAGAUUGUUCACUGCCCAAGAAAAAGCGCCAAAAGUGUUCGGACAAGAGUUCAGGCGCUCCAACCACUGCUCAGGCAGAUGGGAACACUGUGGCUGUAACAGAAACGGAGAAGGAGGAGCAGAGACAGAAUAAAAUCGAAGGUCUACCUCUCUAUGCUGUGCCCUCCAAAGUCAAACAUGAGUAUGUUAUUGCAGACUACUCAGUGGAGCUUCCUGAAGACACGGCCAGUCAACACCAAGAGGACGAAGUGUCCUCGGAAGAUGCAACUCCUCCGAAACUGGUCCUGAAGAAAGUCCCCAAGAGGACUCUGAAACAGUCCAGUGAACCAACUCCUCCCUGCCUCUCCACUUUGUCUUCCUUUGAGGAGAAUACUAAGGUCACACAGUACACCUUUGAAAUCGUAGACAAGCAAGGCCUUUUAGAAGUCGAAAACAACACUGAGCUGGAGUCAGUCGAAGCUCUUCAAGGACCAACAAAGCCAGCAGCCAGCAGCACAAACUACGACGACGCCAUGCAGUUCCUCAAGAAGAAACGCUAUCUUCAAGCUGCAAUGGCUAAUAACAGUCGGGAUUACGGCCUGAACACGAGCAGCAUUUCUUCUCAGCCGCCUGUUACGCAAACUGUGGUGUCAACAGUCAUUGAUGAGACUGUCCCUGCCACCAUUCUGGAGCCACAGCCCAUCAACACGGAGAUUAAAACCACACACGACAAGAACGUUCUGCCGGACGAGGUUCUUCAGACGCUGUUGGAUCAUUACUCCAACAAAGCCAACGGGCAGGCAGACAUCUCCUUCAGCGUGGCCGACACAGAGGUGACGUCAAGCAUAUCCAUUAACUCCUCAGAUGUUUCAGACAGCAGCCCCGGGGAGAGCCUCGGCCCCUCCACUGCGCAGGCUCAGCCAGCUACAGAGAAAGUCAGCCUCUUGCAGGAAUACUCCAAGUUUCUCCAACAAGCUCUGGAGAGGACGAGCCAGAACGACAGCUACCUGACCAGCCAGAGCCUCAGCCUGGUCUCCGAGAACCCCACCUUAGCCGGACAACCUCUGUUCUCCACCGAGAAACAGUUUCCUUCCCCCAGCAGGUUCAAAUCAGGGAUGAGCUCUCCACUAAGGUCCACUUUAGAGAAACCUCACUUCGGAUUACUGGUCGGGGACUCCCAGCACUCAUUUUCAUUUUCAGGUGACGAGACCACCCCUCCCUCCGCAGUGUCCCCAGCUGACGAAGACUUUCUGGAGCAGGUCUCACCCUCAAAAAAGACAGACUCUCCGCAAGGCAUACUGCAGACUUUUCAGAUUAGCUCCUUUGAUCAGAACUUCAAAUCUCACUUCCAGACUUCAAGAUCUGGGUCCUCCUCUCAGUUUACUGUUGCCAAUGGACAAUUAAGUCUCCGAGGUCACAGCACAGACUUCUCAGAGUUCCCAUUAGUCAGAGUCAACGAGACCAGAUCUCAACUGAACUCCUCCCCUGAUGUUACAUCCAGUGAAACCUUUGGCUGAAGGGAGCAGAGGAAGAAAUCACUUCUGUUAAUAAUUUCAGUGGCACUUUAUCUCAUGUCUCCUUUUUUUGCCAAAACAUUGUCCCGUCGCAACUAUGUGCUCUUUCUCAUAACAUAAUGUUAUAAAAAUGUUUGUUUGUUUUUCCUUUUUUUGUGCAUCUUCACAAAAUGGAAAUACUGAAAAAGUAUAACGUAUUUUUAGCACUUCCCCUUUAAAAAUUGAACUGCAGAUGUGCAUGGGUAUAUUUCUUGAUUGAGAAUGUGCAUUGAGAGAUUAAGCGACCAAAGUGUAAUGCAAGAGAUCAAGGAAAAUAUUCUUUCAUAUUAACGCCACAGAGUUUUAUUUGUCAAUCAUUUUGCCUUGCAUGAAAAAUGAUCAAGUCACUCUUGCUGCUUAUUGAAUCAUUUCCCUUCCACUGAAGUAUAGGCCCUGUCUUUAAAUGCCUCUUACUGUAUCUACCUCCUCUCGAUGUUAAUCUGGCUAGAUUAUACUCACUCCUCCUAGGUCCUUUUACUCUAGAUGUGUUCAAUUGUCUCCUACGAAACCUGAUGAUUAGAUCAUAACAUAUUCUUCACUUUAUGUCAAAGUCACUUUUGUGCACCUUAAAUGGGUGUUUCGACAUGAGAUGUGUCAUAAAUGCGUGUUAAUCUCCCUCUUAAAGAUUGGGCUGAAAAUGGUUGUUAGUUUUACCAAAAAGAAGAAACAAAAGAUCUUCAUUUCUAAAUGUAUAAAUCAUUUAUGGUUAUGUAGAUAAUGUAUCCCCUUGAUGAAUUUAUCAGCACUUUUUUUAUAAAUCUGACUGCAGUCCAAGACGGGCUGUGGAAUCAAAAAGUCUGUAUUGUACUACUUGUUAAAGUUUUACCCCGCUACUCUUUGCCCCCCACUUAAAAAGAAAGGAUUGGUAUGUCCUGGCUGCAGGCAUGUAAUGUUUGCAGGAUAAUUCUUACUUUACUUCUAAGUAUAACAGAGAGUUGUAGUGAAAUGACUUAAGAGGAUUGUGCUCAUUUUUCUGCACAAUUUGCACAUUUUUCACUACAGAGAAUGUAGUGUGUAUUUUCAGUGGAGGAAUCUUAUAUCACCUUUAUUUUAAAGUCAAGGUUUGUCUCAUGAGACGACCCCUUGUAUCAGAUGUGGAUCAUGUGAAAUCACAGAUGAUAUUCCUUGCGAUUGUUGUGGCUGCAGUUUUUUAGAUGGUUGUUUCUCUGAAAUUCACGAGUUAAGAGGAAACAUCGAUGGAAUUACUCGUAGACGCCCUUUGUGUAGACUAAAACAAAAGUUCAAUGGAGGCUGUGUUAUGAAAGAAGUGAACAUGAGGGUUUUGGUUUUCCUGUUUUGUUAAUUUUGCAUCUGUGCCUUUCAGUUUUUUUAUUCCACUUUCUUUCUCUCAUUCCUGUAUUUUUUUUCUUUGUCAAUGCUCUGAUGCUACUUUUUCCUCUUGCACAAUAACAGCAAACAUAUAAGCUAUCAACCUAUUCAGUCUGUAAUACUUUGAGACCUGGAAGCAUAUUUAAUUUUGUCUAUCCUAUUUUAUUAUUGUCAGAUUUGAAGAAACAGCUCCACCUGUAACCCUCAAACUUUUAUCUGUGCUUAAAAGGAAAAGGCAUUUCAUUGAUCUUGCUGCAGUUUGUAUGAUUACAGAAAGAAAUGUUUCAGUUACAUGCUUUUUGGAAAGUUACCCUUAUUCAUCUAAGAUUCAGUCGUAAGCCACAUCUGUCCAAGCCUGAAAAAAUGCAAUAGAGUGGAGUUUCUUCAUCACAUUGUUGAUUCUUUCUAUGUGUAUGUCUGUGUGAUGUCUUAGGUGCUAUUGUGUAAAACACUGUUUUGAUAUGGGCCAUUUAAUUAGGAUUUUGAUAACAGAUGUUAAGAUCCCUCUUGUUACAAUUCUACUGACAAUCAGGGACAGACGCCCACAUUAAUCAUUGAAGACAUUAUUUUCACUCAAAGAUCAUUCCCAAUAAGAUCAAUUCAAAUAUCCUACUGUAAAUACAUUGUAUAUUUUUAUGUUCUGAGAAGUACUGUUAGAUCUUUGUGUCAAUAGAGAGACAAGUCUUGUGCUAGAGACACUUUUUGUCAGUGAAAGACACAUUCAUUAAUUUCCCAGCAUUAAUCACACUCAACAAUGAAAUCAGAUGUGGCUUUCUGAGGUUUGUAUAUAUCCCACCGCUGUUAUCAGAAACAUUUCUUUGACGGUUUUAUUAACGACUGGUUAAAGUGAGUUGUUUGUAUGUAAGGUAAUGCAGUUAUUAUGGGAUUUACUGUGUACAACUGUUGGUAAUGAAAAGCCCCUAAACCCAGAACAAUGCAGGUUUUUGCUUUGUGAUAAUUCUCCUGAACUGAAGUGGUCGGCUUGAUUUGUUAUUUUAUGCUUGUAAUAUUUCACUUGCUAUCCAUUUCCUCGUAAAGCAAUGAUUGAAAGCACACAGCAGAAGAGUCAUUCUGUCUCUUUGAACUGAAUCCCAUGAAUGGUUCAUGUACGUUUAAAUUAAAUGAAUUGAAAAUGCAAAACUGUUCAAGGAGAUUCAUGAAUAACCCGGACAGCACCAUUUCUUUUCUUGAAUUAACUGUUGUCAGUAACCUGGCCAUAAGUGUCCUUGUAUAAGCUAGAAAAAAAAUAUUUGUUUUGUGUAAAAAUAUCUGAAUUAUGAAUUUUUUGAUAAGAACUAUUUUUGAAACAUGUCAUUUAAGGCACUGAAAUGUACAGUAUAUCGUAUACAGUCACUAUUACUACCCUCAUUUAUCUCUGUACAAGUCGUUUGUGUCAAGAUCUUUCAAAUGCAGAGGGGAGUCCUCUUCUUAAGUCUGAACUUCCUGCUUUACUAGAAGCUCAGCCUUAGGUUAGACAGUAAGGUUUAUUUGCAUGGUCUCUAACUUGUUCGGUCGAGUGAACUUGUUUUAAGAAUAAUGUGCAGCUUUAAUUGUAGCUGAUUAAUUUCAGUCAAGUAACCCAUUUGAUUAGAUUUUUUGCUAUAUAUUAUGAUUUGUAAACAAUCUGAUUAAAUUGUUGUUUUGAUUGUUGUGUGUCAUGUCCUUAUAAAUAAAAUAAUUCACAGUA